CAGAAUACUAAAAUACACACACCUUGCGUCUGUCAGACGCACCACAUGCAGUGCCUGGCGGAGGAACAGAACUUCCACGGCAUCGACUGCAGAAUCUUCGCUAACCCAAAACCGAUGACAAUGGCACUCUCCGUGUUGGUACUCGUCGAGAUGCUGAACGCUAUGAACAGCCUAGGUUAUGAUCUAUGUGUACUUUGGAGUCUAGAGGCCGGCAUUAUUGGAAUUAUGUUCCAGCUUCUCCUCUUCCGUUGCGUGGACACGAAUGCUCCUCUAGAAUUCUCAAGUUCUAGAAGUUCACUGCCCUGUUUGCCUAAAUUGAUCUUUAACUCUCCGACCUCACUUUUGCCUUCUCUGUUUUGCCUAAACCUCUCCGAAAUGAAGACUCAUCAAUCCCAGUGCUUAGCCCAGGAGUCUCGCUUUGAAGGCAUAGACUGCGCCAUUUUCACCCAUCCAAAGCCGAUGUCGAUGGCGCUGUCCGUCUUGGUUCUGGUCGAGAUGCUGAAUGCAAUGAAUAGAGUUCCCUUUGCUCGCCAUGCCAGCAGGCGCCGCCGGCGCCUCGGCGGGGAAUAUCCCAUAGGAAGCCAAUUGAUGCUGUAG